GUGCGGCGUCCCACUUCUUCCCGCAAGUGUCUUCCCUCAUUUGCAAGAUAGGUAUUCGUCACAUCGACCUUCGAUGGAAGUAUGAGGGUUAUAUUCGAUUGUUGCACCUCUGUGCUGAAAUCUGUCGCUGACUGGCGAAAGGCCUCCGGUCUCAAUACCAGCAGAGAAGGGACAAAUUCAUAGAUUGUUUACAGGAAGAGUUCAAUGUUUGCAAAACUAAUGGUGUACAAGGGUACCGCGAAAAGGUGCAUUGUUUACGAGGCUUCCUUGAAACCUGGGAACAUUAUUCUCAACGAAAAAGCCCACUAUGUUCAGAUCCGUGCCUUUUCAUUUGUACCCCCGACUGGUCGCAUGUUUCUUUGGCUAUCUGCUAACGGGAAUCAAGGCGAUUGAUACCGAGCUUUGGCCCAAAGCUCGAGAUCGACCUCCAGGCACCACCCAUUAUUCGGCAAAAUAGUCGCUCUCGAGAUGAUCUCGAGAUGAAGCUGUUCACCGCAUUCGCAGAAGCAGGCUUGGUUCUCGGUCCAGCAGCCCCGAGAGAGAACACGACCCGUAAGCAUGGAUACUUCCGAGUCAGUUACAGUAAAUGUACCAUAAGACCAGAUGAAGCAGUUCGUCGAGAUCCUUUCCUCGGUGCUGGGAGAUUUCGUGGAGAACAAGUCCGUCAUCGUUGCGUAAACGCUCCUGUAUCAUGAUAUGUCCAGUUGUCGGGUGCUUCACUUUGUCCAGUCAUAGUCGAGAAAUGCCAUGUGUUCAAUGAGUGACUGCAACGUGCCCUCAAGACAGCCUGCGGUCGACCUCGUUUCGCCCUUCGUUAACAUGCAACACAUGUCGAGACAUUUUACCAACUUGACUUCAUCCCAUGUCCACCCAACCGGACAGCGUCCCCUUGCGAACCAAAUUAUUGUUCAUCGCAGAAUUGGCUGAAGGAGCCGAGCGAUACGAUGAUGUAAUCGUACAAAUCAAAACAAUCAUCAAGAAAUUCGGCCCUCGACUAACGAACGAUGAACGAAACUUUUUGUCUGUGGCUUAUAAGAACUUAACCAACACCCUCCGAAACAGUUGGCGUACAGUUGAUACUGUUGGAAAGCUCGAAGCGUCUCGGCCGACAGUGGUGGCAAGAAAGGUUAUGUUGAUACAGAAGCAGCGGGUGAAAAUCGAAAAAGAACUUUCUGACGUCUGUAAAGACAUUGUGCAUCUUUUGGACUCCAAGCUCUUACCUGCGGUUGAGAAAGGAGAGGAACGAGUGUUUUAUUCGAAGAUGAAGGGCGAUUACUAUCGUUAUUUAGCUGAAUUUAGCCGACCAGAGGAUUUCGAGCAUUACGCGAAAGAAUCCUUGGAUGCGUAUAGAUCAGCCUAUCGGCACGCGUUGGUGACUUUGGAGCCGAUACAUCCAACAAGGCUGGGACUGGCGCUUAACUUUGCGGUCUUCUAUCACGACGUGAAGAAGAGCCCUGAUCGCGCCUGCCACCUAGCGAAAAGUGCGUUUGAUGACGCUGUGCUGUCCCCGCAAGCAUCCGACCCCGGCUUGGCACAAACGAUCCGGGAGGCACUUCAAAUACUCCAACUCUUGAAGGACGAUCUGAUAGCAUGGUCGAAGGAAAUUCCGGACGACGGUGAACGGUACAAUUAAUCACUGUUGUUGUUCAAAAACGAUGCCCGGAGCAUCUUUUGCAAAUGUUGCUGCGACUAACAUAGGGAAGACGAGCGUAGCAUCGCCAUGUAUCUAAUAUUUGGAUGAGUACAUUGUUGUACGAUGAGGUAUGGGUGUUACCUUCACGGAUUCCGCUC